CGUCCGAGCGGAAGUGACCCUGGGAAACCAUGACAACGGCAACGCUCCGCGGGGGGCGGGCACCACGGCGACACCCCUUCCUGGGAGACAAUGAGCGAGCGCCGGGGACCGCUCUGUCCUGGAGACGGGUUGGCUGCUCGGGCCGUGACGACAAGAAAGAGGGGCGGGGCCUGCGGCCGGGCCCCGCGCCCGGUGCUGAGGUGAGCAGCGCGGCGCCGCGGCGCGCCCGCGGCGGGGGCCAGUACCGUGAGGCAGCGCCGCCCGGGACCCCCCGCCGGCAAGGGGGAGCCGCCGCUGCCGGCUUUUCCCGAGAAGGGCUGGAAAACACGAGCGCAGGUUACCGAGGGGGAAACGCGGGACGUGCGGGAGCGCUGGCAGCGAGCUGCGCUACCGAGGGCCCGGCGAGCGGCCCGAUCUGCCUGGUUCCGGUGGCGGGGCGCAGCUCUGCUCCGCGUUGUACUGAACGUCCAGCAGCGGCUGACAGCGCGGAGCGAGCUCUGAUCAUCCAGGUGCUUCCGCCUAAAGCUUCCUCGGACCCAGAGGCAGAUGAAACGGGGAAUGAAAGACACCCUCCGCCCGGAGCUGACGACCUUCUGCCUCUUCUGAGAUCAGGCAAGGAGCAGGGAGCUCCCUCAGCCUCCGCUGAGGUUACUGUGAGGCACUGUAAUCUCAAGAUGAAAAACAGGCAGUAUGUGUUAGAACUGGGUUUACAGUCCCAGGCAAAGCUAGCAAACAACCAUAAACUAUCCCGAGAGGAUGAGGACCUUGAAGAUUUCUUCCAAGAAUCAUUAAUUCUGCAUGACAAGUUGUACGAUGCUCUCAGUCAUACAUCUGGUAACAAAAGAGAAUCCAGUUCUUUGACUGACCUCACAUUGGACAGCACCUGGCAUCAGCAAAAGCCUCACUUGUUUCCAAAAUCCUACUUGAGGCCAAAGAGCGCUUCUUCUCCCUGGAUCCCUUCCAUCACCAUCCCUCAGCCUUUCAAAAUGACAGUGCGGGAAGCUCACAAAAAGUCCCAGCUGAUGAAGUCAUAUGUGUUUCUUGAACUAGACAAACAGAGAGACAGAAGGCAAAGCCAGGAUGAAGCAGAAUGUCAGAAACAAUUCCGGGCACAGCCUGUACCUGCCCAUGUGUUUCUGCCUCUUUAUCAGGAAAUAAUGGAACAGAAUGAGAUUCGCAGACAAAUAGCAACACAGAAAAGAAAGCAGCUGCUACUUUCAAGUCAGCGACCCUUCAGUUUUCUAGAGAAGGAGGAGAAGAAGAAAGAAGCUAUUAGACAGAAGUUCCUGGCAGCAGCAACCCUAAAUGAGAGCUCCAAACAGAAGAAAGUCGGUAGAAAAGUCCCUAAGUCUACGUAUGACACACUUCUUGGAGAUAAACUCAAAGAAGCUGAACUCUACAGAGAAAUCCGCAUUCAGAUGAGAGCCAAGGACUUGCUGGAAAGCUCUGUAGCUCCUAUUGAUACUAGCAACUGUCAGAGGGAGCCUCGGUCCCGAACUGCCACUAAAACUGAGCAAGAACGGCUUGGCUUCUUGCAGGACAAAAGCUUCAGCUUCAAACCAAGGAUUAAUCCAACAGUACCAGAUUUUGAAGGACUUUACUGGGCAUUUCAGAGGGAAGCGAUAAGGAGACAAGAAAUCAAAGAGGCAACUCAUAAUAAGCCAUUUAAACUAAGAACUUCCAAUCUCCGCUGCAAGCAGAAGCAGGAUAAUAAAAAGAUAAAGGAUUCCCAGCAACUUUCCAAGGUUUCCAUGCAAAAAAGUCAUUCUCUGACCAGACUUUCCUCUCUUUCUUCCAAUACCCUUCCGGUGCAUAUUACAGAUGCAACAAGAAAAAGAGAAUCUGCUAUUAGAUAUUCCCAAGACAACAUAAAGGAAAGGGACAAAGAAGGAAAUAAUUGGCUGGAGAAACACAAUAAGAAGUGUCAAGCUAUCCAUAAAUCAGUGAAUAGCCGAGCAAAAGCCCUGGAUCCACAUAAGAGUUUGGAGGAAACACACAAAGAGAAGGCAAAACAGAACUGGCAAAGUAUCAAAGAAAGAACAAAGGAAUACAGAAAGGAGCUGGAAGAAAUGCAGCUGCGAGUCAAGAACAGACCAUACCUCUUUGAACAGGUCACCAAGCAUGAUGCUCGUCAAGAAGCAGAGCGUCGCUACAGACAUACCCUCCAGCAGGUUGGGCUGAGUGAAGAAUUUGUAAGGAAAAAAGGAAAAGAUGCCACUGACUUUCUGGAAAAACAUUCACAGAGCACCGAAGCCUCAGGGUGAAAAGGACAACUGUACUGUAGAGGAAGAAGAGCUUCAGGAGGAACAGAGAGGAAAGGAGAUGGUAACAUAAGACCUAGCAGAAGACUCCAUCAAUCAUCUCUUGGUUAUUUUUUAAUCCAAGUCUCAGGUUAAUCCUCAGGAACGUACUAUUCUAAGAUAACACUUAAGAAUUGUACUGGGGUGAGAUGCAAGAACUUAAAAAAAAAAAAAAAAAAAACCCAAACCCUUGUUUAGAGCACUUCUUGUCCAACCCAAGAAACUCUGCAGCCUCCCUUAGUCCUCACAAGUGUUCCUCAUGUGAGCUAUUUCCUGUCUUUCAAGAGACUGCCUGAAGCAAAAAGAAAGUUAAAAACAUGCAAGCACUAGCUCUGUAUAAAAGUAGAUAUCAAAGAUUGAAGAGAUGCAUCCUUCAGCACUGGCUCCUUGUGUUCAUGCCACAGAAACCUACAGAAAGGGGAAAAUUCCUUUCAGUGUGCUAAAACCUGGUUUAUCUGUAUAUGCGUUAGAACAAAUUUAAACAAGAUAUUUCUGCAGAAUAACAGGAUAUGACUUACCUCAUAAGAAGACUCAGAGAGAAGUUCUCUGGCAUGUUACCUCUCCAUUUACUAAUUAGCAGCUCUGCUCCUUCCUCCCACUAGGAAGAAGCAAUAGUCUUUCUAUGUUCAUAUAUCUCCUAUAUUCCACUAUUUAAAACUCAGUUUUAAACCCCUGUCAUUUUUUAAUUUGACCUGAAAAACAAAAAAAAAUGAUGAAGGUGAUUGUAAUUAAACAAUGCAUCAGUUUGAAUUGUUAUUGUGCUAAUUCUCUUAUUACUGGUGUAUCAAAGAUGCACUUUAGUGGAAGCAAAAUUAGGUAUUACCUAUUAGUAUGUUGCACUCUAAUGCCUGGGGCAUCUUAAACAGUAUAGCUCACAUAUUAGAGAUCAUCCCUUAUCUGGUAAGUAAUAAGAUUCCCCAACAUACAAACCCUUACUACCUGGGAUGUUUUCUGAGUAUUAUGGUAUUGAAGCACUUUGAGAUUAAAAGAUUUUAAAAUGGC